UCUAUGGCUCUCACAUUUUGUUUGGAAUUUUCUUUGCACGCUGUUCCUGUCCGUCAAUUUUAAAUUUGAAAAUUCGUUCUAUUUGGAAUCGAUAUGUAACACUUGUCAGUAACUCGUUAGGCACGUGCGUCUCACUUAUAUCAUAAUGUGCGAAGAUGAUGACGUGCCACAGCUUUCCGAAGCAACUAUGCUUGCUCUUCAAGAAUUCUGUCAGGAACGAGAAGCGAAAAAACUGCUCGUCCAAGAAGCUAUAAAUGAAACUGGAAACCUUAGUAAUAACAUCAUUUUUGAGGAAAAUUGGCAACUUAGUCAGUUCUGGUAUGAUGAUGCCACAAUUGACGUGCUGUCCAGGGAAGCGUGCAGAUUGGCCGGGGAAGACGGCAGGAUAGCGCUGAUAUCGUGUCCGUCACUGUACCCCUCUGUGAAGAAGCGAGCUGCUCAGGCGAAAGUGCUGCUGCUGGAGUUCGACCGCAGGUUCGAGGCCCACGGCGACGACUUCUGCUUCUACGACUACAACACGCCCCUGGAGCUGCCCGAGGACUGGGCCGGCAGCUGCGACGUCGUGGUCGCCGACCCCCCCUUCCUGUCGGCCGAGUGCCUGGCCAAGACGGCCCGCACCAUCCGCUUCCUCGCCAGGGGCAGCGUCGUGCUGUGCACAGGUGCUGUUAUGGCAGAUUUGGCAGAGAGGUUACUGGGUGUUAAGAAAUGUGAUUUUGAGCCUCGGCAUAGAAACAACUUGGCUAACGAUUUCUUUUGUUUUACAAACUAUGGAUGUUUUUUAACGUCAUGAAAUACACACAAAAAAACUUGUUAA